AUGGAAGAGGAUGGAACUGUGAUGAGGAGAUGGGAGGAGAUGGACAUUGAUAUCUUGGUGAAGAUAUUCCAGUCAUUAACUGUGUUUGAAUUAACUUCAGGCAUUGCUCAUGUUUGUAGCGCGUGGCGCUUGGCUGCUUGUGAUCCCUUGCUGUGGAAAACCCUUGAUUUGUCCAUGUUGAAAUCUAAUUUCAUCAAAAUCCCAUUAGAGCCUUAUGUGUAUGUGCACUGUCAUUCUGAUAAGACAUUGACUCGAAUCUUGAAGAUUUCGUUGAGUCUCAGCCGGGGAAAUAUAACCUCGCUGUUUUUUCACUGCAAUUUGUAUGUAAGCGAGGAGCAGUUGACUUAUACUGCUGAAAGGUGCCCACGCCUUAGAAGACUUGUUUUACCAGCAUGGAAUCGAGUAGAGACUGUAAUGAUCAAAGCUAUUGAUCUGUGGAAAGAUCUUGAAUCCCUGACCAUGCCUAGCAUAGCGAACCCCCUCGACUAG